AUGUCUGACAACACUGGCAACGUCUCCACUGCUCAGUCCUACCUCAACCAAGCCACUGGUCUUGCUCAGCGCACCAUGGGAGCAGUGACUGGCGAUUCUUCCACUCAGGCCAAGGGUGAACUCAAGCACGAGGAAGGUCAAGCCAAAAAGGAAGCCUCCCACAAAAAUGCCAAGUUAGGCUCCGUCACUGCCGACCCGAACACCGGGGCUGUUGCCAAAGACAACCCCACGCGUGACACAGGCUCCUGGGACCAGACCGUUGGCUCUGCCAAGGAGUCCCUCGGCAACCUGAUCGGAAACGAGAACCUGCGCCGCACCGGAGUCGAGCAGAACGCCGCUGGCAAGGAACAAGAGGCCAAGGGUCAGAUCAAGGACUGGGGCGAGGGCAUUCAGAACCGCGCCAAGGGAACUCUUGGAUCCAUUGGUGCCGCUGUCACUGGUAACCGCAGUGAGGAGGAAAAGUACCGUGAUCUUCAUGAUGAGGGUAAGGUUCGACAGCGCGGUGCUGAGGUCGACAUGGCUAAAAAGGGUGGGGUUUAUGCAUGA